GUAAACUGAUAUCAGAGCGGAAAACAUAGCAAAUACGCGUAGAUAAGAGGGAUUCAGAGUCAUUUGCGGAGAGCCGACGUCGGGAUUCUUGACUGAGCUCCGAAAGUCUAACGAGACGGUGCCUGGAUUGCUCACUCGGCCCACCACCUUGGCUGAUAGAAGAGAUAUAAGAGCUGGGCUGCUGCUUCUUCUUUAUAACACGAAAAUCAACAACUAUACAGACAAUGACUCCUCACGACGGAUCCCUGCAAGAAUCUCCUCUGCCACCCGCCAUCGACAGCACCGCGGGCGCAGUCAAACCUCCCCCCGUGCCUGCCGCAGUCGAUCUCUCCCAUCACAUCUCCGCCGAGUCGCGGCUGCGGCAGCAGAGCCGGCUGAAGAUGGCGAGCAGCUAUCUGACGCGGGACCCGUCGAUCCUGUCGCUCGCAGCGGGACUGCCGUCGCCCGCGCUGUUUCCGAUCGAGGAGGUCACGGCGAGGGUGGCGAUGCCGCAGGCGGAGGCGGCGCGCUCGGGCGUGUGGAAGGGAGAUGGGCUGCAGGAGGGGGUCACGAUGGAGUUUUUGAAGACGAAGAGGUGUACGGAGUUGGGCAAGUCCGAGUACGAUCUCUCGAGGGCGCUGCAGUAUGAGCAGGGUACAGGUUCGCGGAAGUUGCUUGAUUUCCUGAAGGAGCAUACAGAGAGAAUUCAUCAUCCUCAAUACAGCGACUGGGACUGCAUCAUGACGGGAGGCAACACGCAUGCGAUGGAGACUGUCUUCCGCAUGCUAAUCAACCCCGGCGACUACGUACUCCUAGAAGAAUUUGCCUUCCCCGAGACGGUCGACAGUCUGCGCCCGCUGCGUCCUCGAUUGAUUGGGAUCGACGUCGACGAGGAAGGAAUGCGGGUCGACCUGCUCGCGGAUAUCCUCGACAACUGGGACGAAGAGGCGCGCGGCGGCAAGAGACCACAUCUGAUGUACAUGGUCCCCACUGGCCAGAACCCGACCGGAGCCACGAUCGGGACCGAGCGGCGCAAGAAGAUCUACGCGCUCGCGUGCAAGUACGAUCUCGUGAUUAUCGAAGACGAUCCGUAUUACUUCCUGCAGAUGCCGGCGUAUGUGCGCCACGGCACGAGCCCGAGCGACGGAACGGUCCCGGUGCCAAAGACGAACGCGGAGUUUGUCGCGUCGCUUGUGCCGUCGAUGCUGAGUCUCGACAGCGAAGGCCGCGUCCUGCGGCUGGAUUCGUUUUCAAAAGUGAUUGCGCCGGGAACCCGGUGCGGGUGGAUCACUGGCGCGGCGGUGUUUGUCGAGCGCGUGCUGCGGCAUAACGAGGUCGGGCUGCAGUUCCCGUCGGGGAUCUCGAUGGCGGUGCUGCAUGGGCUGCUGGUGGAGGCGUGGGGGCAGGAUAUGUAUGUGAACUGGCUUGUGAAUCUGCGCGCGGAGUAUACCGUCAGACGAGAUGUUAUUUUGAAAGCGAUGGACGAGUAUCUUCCGAGCGGAAUCGCGAGCUGGACGCCGCCUGCAGCUGGAAUGUUUGUAUGGAUCGAGCUCUCGUACGAGAAGCACCCGCGGCACGGGCAUCUGAGCAAGGAAGAGAUCGAGAUGGAGCUGUUCGAGGCCGGGAUCGCGAAGAAAGUGCUGAUCAUGCCGGGUUCGUGGUUCAAGGCCGAGCCCGAGAAGCUGUCGCGGGCGAUAUUUUUCCGGGCGACGUUUGCAGCGGUGCCGCCUGAGCAGGUGCGGGCGGCGAUUAGGCAGUUUGGGGAGGUGGUGAGGAGUACUUAUGGCGUUGAGUAGAUAUGCUUUGAUGGAUACAGAAUAGAAUAUAGCUAGAACAGUAAGAAGAAUCAAUUACUGAUACAAUUCAAUACAAUUCAAUACAAUCAAUACAA